AUGCCAACAGCACCCACCACCGGCGGAGCAGCUGGGACAGCAACACUACCCACCCCACUAACUCCCAUGAAAUCCAAAUCCGGCCAAGAGUUUACGCAAAUAAUCACCAAGCUAAACGACCAAUUCAGUCUCGACAUCCCGAAUCCACAAUACUACUCCCCAGGCGCAAACAGAGCCGUGUUGGAAACCCCGCAAUGGCGCUCUUUCAAUGGCCUGCGCAGACUCUAUUACAGCAAGUCGGUGAAUCUUAAUACGGUACUAGACGGGUUCGAGGAGUGGGUUUGUUCAAGGGGAUCGCAUGAUACGAUGUUGCUCUGGGCGAGGGGGGAAAGGGCGAGGCCUAAUACCAAAUCCGCUGCUAAGGCAUCAGUCAGUUUCGGUGGCAUUGGGAGCCGCGAGGUUAUUGCACAGCGAGAACGAGAGGAAAGGCUCGCUUAUCUGGUCAAGUUAAUCGAUGAUGAGAUGUAUCUACUGCGGCAGGGGUCGUUUCAGUCUCCGUCGGCGGCGGCGGCGCUCCGUGAUGAGAGCCCCGAGGAGUCGCCCGCUCUGACUCGUCGGUCGCUGAAGAGGAGGUUCCGAAUGGAAGAAUGGGAUGCAAAUGCGCAAUCUGAAGCGGAGGAGUCGACGGAUGAGUUUGAGACUGCGCCAAAUUCACCGGUUAAGAGCCCCGAGAGCGCGCAGUCGGACUCGUUGGAGAGGGAGAGGAACGGCAAUAACUCGCCUUAUAAAGCACCAAAGACGAUGAUGACGGGGAUCCUCAAGAGUGCAUCGACGUUUGUGGAGCGGUUGACUGCGUCGACGCCAGCGACGUCUGAUAACUAUCGACGAUACGACGCUGUGCCUACAUCUGCGCAGAAUGCCGCCAACUACAGCUUCUCGACUUUGCCGAACACGUCGUCGUUUGCUCAGAAUUCUCGUCGUGGCCGGGUUGACACGUCAUUUAAUUCGACGGUCACCUUUGCUACAGAGGCCAUUACAGAGGAUUUGGGGUCUACUUAUGAUGAUUCGGUAGCGAAUACGCUAAGUGAAGAGUUCAGUACAAUUCCAAAUACGCUCCCCACGGAUUCUACAUUGAAUGGGACGUCCUUUGGAGAGCCUAGGUAUUCCGCCGAGGGGGAUAUCGUGGCGGAGCUUCUCCAGAACGGACCGUUUUCACUUGACAAUCCCCUGCCGGCGUCGGUGCCGCUUCUGUAUCGGUAUGAACUGGAGCGGAUCGGGAGAGCUUGGAAUGUUCCCCUCAACCGCAUGCUCGCGGGCGACAAUAUCUCGUUGAGGUAUGACGAAUUCUGGAAAUGGAUUGAAGGGCACAAUCAGCGAGAUGGGAAGCCAGUACCCGACAAGCCGACUCGCAAAGCGUGGGAUGCCGCCUGCGGGACGUUUAGAACACAGAAGCACUCUGAAGCCGUUGUUCUGACGGGCGAUCUGGAGUGGUGCACGAAGUCUGAACCCGGCGUCUUGAGACUGAAGCUGAGCCCGCUGAAGACGGAACGAUCAUGCCGCUUCGGCCGCCGCUUCGGUUCAGAUCGGUUCCUCAGUUUGACGAUACCUGCUCCGUCCAGACCGCCGGGUUAUCUCCGGCUUCCCGAUCAUCCUGCUCUACUGCGUGAGAGUAUUGCGCUGUGGCUGACGCAGAAUCCGCAUAGGUGCCUCGGGAGGGCGUGGAAGCCAUUCUUCGUGGAAGAGGUCAAGCAGAAGCGAAAGGGACGAGCUGAGCCAAGGUUUAGGGUUGACUUCUUUGCUAUCGAUGGCGUCGACUUUAGAGAUCGCUUUAGCCCGUCGAAAUUCCGAGUCUCUGCAAAGGAUGAGAGUGCCGAUGCUCACACACCGAUGAGUCUGGAGUCUCUCCUCGAGUGGCACUUGUCUCCCAUGCAAAAUUCCGAUCAGACUAACCUCAAGUUGUUUCAACGAAUGUCACUUGGUCUCUCGAAAACAUUCGCCACAAUUACGCUGAAACCAAGGCAAGUUCUAUACCUGAGAGACCCUCCAAAUCACAAAGUCAUGAACGAUGGUUGCGCGUUGAUGUCGAGGAAUCUCGCAAAUAUGAUCUGCGACUCCCUAGGCAUAACCGGUAAUACCCCUAGUUCCUUUCAGGGGAGAAUUGCCGGUGCUAAAGGGUUGUGGAUGGUUGACGCUCACCAAUCGCAGGUCUCAGCUGGCGGCGAUGAUGUCUGGAUCCAGAUCUCCGAUUCGCAGUUGAAGAUCAAACCGCAUCCCCGGGAAUGGCGCGAGCCGGUGGAUAGUGAUAAGCUAACCUUUGAAGUCGUCAAAUGGUCCAAGCCUCUACAUCCGGUGGAUCUGAACAUUCAACUUUUGGCCAUUUUGGAUCAUGGAGGUCCCAUCAAGGAUUACAUUGCGGACCUCGCUCGGCAGGGUAUCCAAGGCGUAGCGCGGGAUUUCGAGGAAGUCCUCAAACAUAAUAGUCCGGUCCUUUGCCGCAGCCUUGCGCAGAAGAUCAGGCCAACGGCUGACAGCGGCCCCGCGUUCAUGGCGCAAAGUAUGAGACGCUUGGAGCAGUGGAUGUCAGAUGAUAUAGAGGCUAUCAUCCGAUUUUCGGAAGCUGGGUUCACUCCUUGCGAAUUCUACCCUCUUCGCAAGCGAUUGGGACGGUGCCUGAGAGACCUGCUUGAUCGAUAUGUUGACGAAAUGCGUUUCGAGGUGCCUCUGUCCACCUAUGCCUUUUGUAUCGCGGAUCCCUACGGUGUCUUGGGGGAAAACGAGGUGCAUUUCGGCCUUUCGACUAACUGGCGCGAUGAGCAGGGUGAGUUCGAGGACAACUUGCUCGACGGCAUCGACGUGCUUGUAGGACGCCUCCCUGCACAUCUUCCGUCAGACAUCCAACGCCGACGGGCCGUCUGGAAACCAGAGCUUCGGCACUUCAAAGAUGUCAUCGUUUUCCCCACGACCGGCGACCACCCAUUGGCAGAUCUCCUGUCAGGAGGAGACUAUGAUGGUGACACGCCGUGGAUAUGCUGGGACCAGAACAUUGUCCGCAAGUUCCAGAACUCGAGCCCACCGACCGGAAAUGAAAACUGCACGCCGGAGUAUUUCGGACUCACAAAACAUUCGGUGCCCAUGCGUGACAUUCAUUCCAUGAGCGAGUUCCUUGACAGCUCCUUCACGUUCAAUUUGACACUGUCCAAUCUGGGACGAUGUACUGUGGAACACGAGAAACUUUCAUACGACGAGUCGAUUGAUUCACGAAAUGCAAAAGAGCUCUCGUGCCUACUGAGCCACCUCGUCGACGGCCGAAAAGCUGGCGUGCACCUAUCAGAGACAGCUUGGCGGCAAUAUCGCAAGAAGAUCAGUCCCCAAGUCCGAAAUCUCCCAGCAUACAAGGAUGGCGAGCGAAAGCCGAAACGGGGUAAUAUCAUCGACUACAUACGCUUCACUGUCUCGCGCGUAGAGCGCGACGAUGUCCUAACUAAUCUCGAGAGGGCAUUUCCAGAGGCAGCUUAUAUCCGCAGCAGGGAUGCCGACCUGGUCCAGCCGUGGAACGAGGCUCGAAGACAGGCGGAAGCGGAUCGGCAUGGGAUUGGUGGUGGUGCUGGUGGCGCAACUUCGCUAUUCGCGAUACUCAAGCAGGCGAGCCGCGACAUUGACGAGCUGCAAAAGCGCUGGAACCGGUCCCUUUCGGGAGGGACUGGCUCGUUCUCGCCUCUGGCCCUGGAGGCCGCCGAGCAGGCCCGAGCCAUCCCGGCGCCGGCUGCAGGGGACCACCCGAUGAUCCACGCCUGGCGGCAUAGUCAGACAGAGUGGCUUGAGUUGAUGGCGUCAUAUGCAUACAAAAAGCAAGCGCACUCGAGUUUUGUCUUUCAUGCGUUUGGGGAGGUGCUCUGUCAGAUCAAGAGUCGGACUCUCCCGUCGCGCACAGUGUCCAAUGAGCUCCUGGCGUGCUAUCGGGUCAACAAGAAGGUGGUUGCACGCUUGAAGACGCAAGAUGGGGAGGAAGAAGAGGAAAGCGGGAGUGAUGAUUUUGAAGGUCACGAGGCUAUUGAGGCCAUGUUCUUUGGGACUACAGGCGUCGGAGGAUACUACGACCCUGACGAUCAGUUGUCUGUAGAGUAG